CUUCAUAUCAUCCAACAAAUCCCAAGCUCACUCUCUCUUUCAAGCACACUACAAAGUCCUUCUCAAUUCCUCAUUUGCUCAAAUUACCAGAAUGGAUAACUUGUUUCGCCUCCUCGAUCCCCAAGACACGUCCUCUCGACGAUGCAUUUGGGUCAACGGUCCUGUCAUCGUCGGAGCCGGACCUUCUGGUCUCGCCACGGCCGCUUGCCUCAGGGAACAAGGCGUCCCCUUCAUGGUUCUCGAAAAAGCUGAUUGCAUCGCCUCGCUCUGGCAACGCCGGACCUACGACAGAUUAAAGCUUCACCUUCCCAAGCAAUUCUGUCAGCUCCCUAAACUUCCAUUUCCUGAACACUACCCUGAAUACCCCACCAAGGGGCAGUUCAUCGACUACCUCGAAUCCUAUGCCAGGCAUUUCGAUAUCAACCCUCGUUUCAAUGAGUGCGUCCAGACCGCUAGGUACGACGAGACCAGCGGCUUGUGGCGGGUCAAGACUGUUUCCUCCGCUGGCGAGAUGGAGUAUAUUUGCCGGUGGCUAGUGGUGGCCACGGGGGAGAAUGCCGAGCGUUUCACGCCUGACAUUGAAGGGUUGGGCGAAUUCAAAGGCGAAAUCGUUCACGCCUGUGAAUACAAGUCAGGGGAGAGUUUCAGGGGAAAGAAAGUGCUCGUUGUUGGCUGUGGCAAUUCCGGCAUGGAGCUCUCACUCGACCUCUGCAACCACAGUGCUUCUCCUUCAAUGGUUGCUCGUAGCUCGGUUCACGUGCUGCCCAGACAAAUCUUUGGGAAAUCAACAUUCGAAUUGGCUGUUUUCAUGAUGCAAUGGCUACCUCUUUGGCUAGUGGACAAGAUCCUGGUGAUCCUGGCAUGGUUGGUGCUGGGUAACGUGGAGAAAUACGGGCUUAGAAGGCCAUCCAUGGGUCCAUUAGAGCUAAAGAACACGCAGGGUAAAACCCCUGUUUUGGACAUCGGCACUCUGGAGAAAAUAAGAUCCGGAGACAUUAAUGUUGUACCAGGAAUCAAGAGGUUCAACAAUAACGAGGUUGAACUCGUCAACGGGGAAAAGCUUGACAUUGAUGCCGUGGUGCUUGCCACAGGAUAUCGCAGCAACGUCCCUUCUUGGCUGCAGGAAGGUGAAUUUUUCUCCAAGAAUGGAUACCCAAAGAGACCAUUUCCUCAUGGGUGGAAAGGAAAUGCCGGGCUUUACGCAGUUGGAUUUACAAGGAGAGGGCUAUCUGGAGCUUCAUCUGAUGCAGUGAAAAUUGCUCAAGAUAUUGGCGAUGUCUGGAAACAAGAGAUAAAGCAAGUGAAGCAGCGUACAACUGCCCGACAUAGACGAUGCAUUUCCCAGUUCUAAGUUACCAAAACGUCAACCGAAUUUCUACCUCACAGUGUCUCGUUAGUCAGGAAUUUUUUACUGUAAAAAGUAAAAACAAAUAAUAGCAUCUCAUAAAAGAAAAAGGAAAGAGAAAAAAAAAAAAAAAGAAUACUCAGAUAAAGGCGGAUAGCAGAGCCCUCUCCAAAGGCCCAGGUUUUUGUUUGGGCAUCUUUUAACUACAGGAUGAUGAGGCUUCUUGUUUUACUUUUUUUCCUUCCCCUUUCAAUGAUGAUAAAUACAGCUUAUAUAUAUGUACCAAUACUUUUGAGUUUUAUAUGAUACGCUUUCGAGUUUCAACUUUA